AUGCUCAAUUUCACAGAUGUGACUGAAUUUAUUCUGUUGGGCUUAACCAGUCAAAAGGAACUACAGGUGGUCUUUUUUGUCAUCUUUCUUGUGGUGUAUCUUGUUACCAUGCUGGGAAAUAUUGGCAUGAUGAUAUUAAUUAAGAUCAGUCCACAGCUUAGCAGCCCGAUGUAUUUUUUCCUCAGCCAUUUGUCAUUUGUUGAUGUGUGGUUUUCUUCCAAUGUCACUCCUAAAAUGCUGGAAAACUUGCUGUCAACGAGAAAAACAAUUUCUUACACAGGCUGCUUGGCACAGUGCUUCUUCUUCAUCGCCCUUGUGCAUGUGGAAAUCUUCAUUCUCGCUGUGAUGGCUUUUGACAGGUACAUGGCAAUUGGGAAGCCCCUGCUCUAUGGUAGCAAAAUGUCAAGGGUGGUCUGCAUUCGACUCAUUUCUUUCCCAUACAUAUAUGGGUUUCUGACCAGUCUGGCUGCAACGUUAUGGACUCACGGCUUGUAUUUCUGUGGGAAAACUGAGAUCAACCACUUCUACUGUGCAGACCCACCUCUCAUCAAGAUGGCCUGCGCAGGGACUUUUGUAAAGGAGUAUACAAUGCUCUUCCUGGCUGGCAUUAACUUCACAUAUUCCUUGAUUGUUGUCAUCAUCUCCUAUUUGUUCAUUCUCAUUGCCAUUCUCAGGAUGCACUCAGCAGAAGGCAGGCGCAAGGCGUUUUCCACCUGUGGGUCUCAUCUCACGGCAGUUGGUGUAUUUUAUGGUACUCUCAUCUUUAUGUAUCUCCAACGACCCACUGAAGAGUCAGUGGAACAAGGAAAGAUGGUGGCUGUCUUCUAUACCACAGUUAUCCCCAUGUUGAACCCCAUGAUCUACAGUUUGAGGAACAAGGAUGUCAAGGAAGCCAUGGACAAAGUGAUUAACAGGAAAUUCUUAACAAAAUAA